AUGGAAGGGGCCAGAGCCCCAGCGCCCCAGGAAGAGCUGGAGCUGUCGAUCCUGGAAGAGGAGACGCCUCUCAACAGCCUCCAGAUCCAGCCUUGCUCAGCUGAGAACCCUACCUCGGUCCAGAUGAAAAAAGAAAGUCCCUGGAGUCCCUGUAACAAGACCGUGGUUGGAAAAUGUAAACUGUGGAUGGCCAUUGUCACCAUUUUCCUGUGUUUCACUAUAGUGAUCAUUAUAAGUUUAUGCCUUGUAGGAGUAACUUACAUCGAUGAAGAUGAAAAUGAAAUCCUUGUAUUAUCGUCAAACAAAACCUUCUUCAUCAUGCUCAAGAUUCCAGAGGAGUGCGUUAAUGAAGAGGGAUUGCAUCACUUGCUCACUAAAAGGCUCACGGACAUGUAUAGAGAGUCACCAUCCCUGAGCCGCUAUUUUACUUCUGCUGAAAUCGUGGACUUCAGUGUUGAAAAUGCCACGGUAACCUAUCACUUGCAGUUCGGAGUUCCAGCUGAAGAUGAUGGCUUCAUGGACUACAUGAUGAGCGAAGAGUUGGUGCUUGGCAUCAUGCGGCAGAAUUUCCACGAUAAGAAUGUAUCUAGUUGCGAGAGUCUUGGGCUAGAUCCAGAAUCCCUCUUGCUCUAUGAAUGAAACGGCGGAGGUCGGUCUAUGUCAGAAAGCAGUUUCAGAAUGAAGAGAAUUCAGAAACCUAUCUAGUAGUGACCAGCAGGAGGAGACAGCCCUACUCAUUCGGCACAGAUAGGAAGUCUGGCUCUGUAUCCAGGAUUCCUGAAAGCUGUUGUGUGAGGGGCAUCCUGGCUGGGUUCCAGAGCUCCAUGAGGUCUGGGGUGAAUCAAAGCUUCCAUAGUGUGAGAUUCCUGCUGCCUUGAGGCACUGGCUGCCUCUACUUGCACGUGGAUGCUUUCCCUGUAGCACAAGGAUAGCACCUGGCUUUGUUUUAGGCAGGUUCUGUUAGCCUGCACUGACAGGGCAAGGAGAAAACAAGCAGUCAGGGGAAGGAGAGGGAGCCGAGUCAAUUGCUUAUUCGAGCCCUCUCCUCAUUCACAAUUAUAUCUGCUGGACCUUUAAGUCAAGGGUGGGAGGGAGAGGAAGGUAAUUCCAAGACCUAAAGAGUAUACCUUCAUCUACCCCCACCACCUAUCCCUGGGUGUAUGGACAACUGAGCUCAGGCAUAUGUGUUACAUACAGAAACAUGUUAAUGUUUCUCUUCUCUUCAUUGUUCCUAAGUUGCCUCAGUAUCUUUUUUAGAAAACCCAAGUCUGUGAGUUUUGAACAUGCUGCCAUCUUUUAAGAUUGCCACCAAUUCUGCUUUUUAUUAUUAUUUUAUAUAAAAGCCAUAAAAAGAUCAUUAAGACUGCUUAAUUCCUGCCACUGAUAC